AUGAAGCUAUCACUAAUAGUUGUCGCUGGCCUCGGCGCCCUUACUGUUUUUGAGUGCACAUAUGCCUACCCAGGAAUGGGUGCCACAGUAGACGAGGUCAAGCAAAGGAUACAAGGGAGGCAGCAACUUUCCGGGCAUCAAAGACUAGCAUCGAACGCCCGACGCCAGACAACCAAGGUCCCAGAUCCCAACGAUACGCAAGACCCCAACGCGGUUGAAGAUGUGGCCGAUGCAGCACCUAAGCUGAUUGGAGACAUCAAAGAUGGCGGUACAACCGCUGUCGGCAAAGCAAUCGCUCGGAUCAUCACCGAGCAAGAAACAGGCCAAAGCAGUGUCGGCGGAUACCAGAUUCCUGGCUCGCUUGGCACGUUCAAGUGCAAAGCAGAUACCUGCUGCGUCUGGGCACAUAUCUCUCUCCAGCUCACAAACAUCUUCCGCGGCCAAUCUGGCCGCUGCAAAAAGUACGCUCGCGCCGCCAUCCGGCUCGGCUUCCACGACGCCGGAACGUGGAAAGAUGGUCUUGACUUUGGUGGUGCGGACGGCAGUAUCAUUCUCGCCAAGGAAGAGAUCUCUCGCCCCGACAACAAAGGUCUACAAGACAUCGUCCGCGUCCUCGGCAACAUGUACAGGCAGACAUUCAAACAAUACGGCAUCGGCGUAGCAGACCUCAUCCAAUUCGCUGCCAAACACGCCGUCGUCACAUGCCCGCUCGGUCCGCGCAUCCGCACUUUCGUCGGCCGCAAAGACUCCUCCAGAGCGAACAUGGACGGCCUGCUCCCCGGCGUCAACGACUCGGCAGACACCCUCAUCGCGCUCUUCGCGGCCAAAACAAUCGGCCCCCACGAGCUCACCGCGCUGCUGGGCGCGCACACAGCGAGUCAGCAGUUCCACGUCGACCCCUCGCGCGCCGCGGCGCCCCAGGACGGCACUCCGGGCGUUUGGGAUACUCUUUUCUACAACCAGACGCUGGGCCUGGGGCCGCUGCCCAAAGCUGUCUUCCGGUUUCCGAGCGAUGUUGUGCUUGCGCAGGAUCCGAGGACGAGGGACGAGUGGAGGAAGUUCAGCAUUGGGAGGGAGGGGCAGGAGGAUUGGAAUGAGGAUUAUGCAUAUAGCUAUAUCAGGUUGAGUUUGUUGGGGGUCAACAAUAUCAAUCAGCUUACCGAGUGCACUAAGGUGCUGCCUAUGCCGACGAAGAGCUUCAGGGGGGCGGGCGAUUUGUUGAUUGCGGAGUAG